UUGUUUUGUCCGCUCAUAAACCAUUCACCGUUUCUCUCUCUUCCUUAUCAUCAAACUUGCUCUGAUCUGAUCAGCGCUUUUGAAAAUGUCGGAGGGAUCAGAAGAAACGAAGACAAAGAUCGAUUCCACCGGAGAGUUAUCGGACGUCGAUAACGAGAACUGCAGUAGCAGUGGAAGUGGCGGCGGCGAGACGAAGAAGACAUGCGUUGAUUGCGGAACAUUCAAAACUCCUCUCUGGCGCGGUGGCCCUGCCGGACCUAAGUCACUGUGCAAUGCUUGUGGGAUCAAGAGCAGGAAGAAGAGGCAAGCGGCUCUCGGGAUCAAACCAGAGAAGAAGAUCAGAAAAAGCAACAGCUGUGACAGUGAUCUAAGCCUCGAAGAUGAUGAUCGUAACGUCAAUAACAAGAUCAAGAAAGGUGAUGAUCACAAAACUUGCAGUAGCAAGAGUGGUACUAGUACUAGUAGCAGCUGCAGCAAAAGAGUGAGUAAGUUUUUGGAUCUGGGAUUGGAAGUGCCGGUGAUGAAGAGAUCAGCGGUUGAGAAGAAGAGGCUGUGGAAGAAACUCGGCGACGAAGAAAGAGCCGCCGUGCUUCUCAUGGCGCUCUCUUGCGGCUCUGUUUAUGCGUAAACGAUGGAGAUCAAGCUUCUUUGUUUGGUGUCGUUCGAGAAUAAUUAAAGUGAGGGGUUUUGAUUAAUUAUUUAAUUAACUUAAGACAAUAGAGAUAACUGUGUAAUAGCUAGUGAUGUCGUGGUUUUUUUUUGGCUUGUUCCCACUGAUGUUAUGUGUUCUUUUGCUAAUCAAGUUUCAAUUUUUAAGUUUA